AUGGAACCCAUACUGAAGACCAUGUUUUUGUACAAUAUUGGUACUGGCGAUUAUGCAUCUCCUCAUCCAUUCUCCGUGGAAGCCGACGGGAGGUAUUUCGAGCCUCUUCAAUUCACCGUUCCGAGUAAUCGGCAAGAGAGACCCUUUCUACACGGCAUAUCGGCAGAUGAGCUACAACUCACACAGGAUCCCUUCAUUGUCGCUGGAUCGAUACGAUUACUGAAAACAAGACUUAUGUGA